AUGCAAACGGGUGCCCAUCCAACCGCCAACGCCGGACCUUCUGGCCACAUUACGUAUCUGCCAUCCUCGACCCAGUCUCAAUUGAGGUCCACCCAGAUUCUCACGUCCUUACCUCAAAUCAUCUCCGAGCUCGUGCAAAACUCUCUUGAUGCAAACGCACACAGUGUAGAUGUCACCCUAGAUCCAGCAGAAUGGGAAUGUUCCGUCCGCGACGACGGCGCUGGAAUUUCACGAGACGGACUCACCGUUCUCGCUGGCGGCUCGCAGGACGGUCGUUACGGCACCUCGAAGGCGUAUACGCCUGCGUCCUUGGACGAAGUAACCACUUUCGGCUUUCGGGGUGAAGCAUUAGCCUCAGCGGCCGACAUUGCAUGCCUUGAGAUCUCCUCACGAACAGCGCAUUCGCGCGAAAGUUGGUCAGUCAUACUAAAGGGCGGGCAGCUGCUAUUUGCGGGCCCCUCGAUCCGCUGGCGUCGAGAAGCGCCCGGGACUGUUGUCUCAAUCCGCGACGCGUUUUACAACCUUCCUAUCCGCCGGCGCUCACAUCCUAAUGCCUCACGAACGAUUGAGCUUGUGAAACGAGAGGUGGAGGCCUUCGCACUCGUUUUCCCGAAUGUCUCUUUCUCCCUAGAGAACGCUCGUAAAGACAAAGCAGGCACUCUCGCGCGCUCCAAAGCGCGCGUGUUGACUGUCCCAAAGACCGCAUCGACUCUAGCUGCCUUUCGUCACAUAUACGGCAAAGCACUAGCCGAUGAGGUCGAGGAAAUAGAGGAACAGUGUGACGGCAUGCGCCUCGAAGGAUUCGUAUCCUUGCAGGGGGCGUACUCUAAGGCAUACCAGUUCUUGUAUAUCAACAAGCAUCCUAUGGCAACAUGCGAUCUUCACCGACAUAUAGAAGCCGUGUACUCUCGUAGCUCCUUUAACAAACACGCCCUGGAAGAGCUGGGCAAGACCAACGAUCUCACCAGUUCGGUGCGCCGCUCUCCUCGUAAGGCAGAGAAGAAGGCGGUAUAUGUCUUGAAUCUCACCAUCCCGCCGCGAUUCGUCGACAACUGCAUCGAGCCGGCAAAGGCCGCCGUACAACUACAGAACUCAUCUGCCACGGCCUCCUUCCUAUCCUCAACCAUCGAACGCGUGCUGCUAAAACACGGUUUUCUGACUCCGCGAGUGCACGACGUCCAGCCCUCGGCCGCUGCCGCGUCGCCACGCAAGAGACGGAGACUCGAACGCGAAAAUUAUCCAACUGGACCCGCGCAAAGCGGGACUUCCCGCUCGUCCUCCGUCCCCCAUCAUCCCUCGCACCCCUUGCCCAGUAUCAUCGUGAAAAAAAAUUGCACCGAUGGCGGAGUUGACGAGGAAGAGGCAUCGCCCAAUCUUCAGUGGACAGACCCUGCGACCGGGGAGCGGUUCGUCAUCGAUGCGCGGACGGGGAACUCCUACCCGCAGCUCGCCUCCGUAGCGCCUUCUAGUGCUGAUACCUCCACUGCGCCCACAACCCGGGCGCGUAUGACGCUCCCGAGCGCACACCGGCCUCUCUUCAGCCCACGGCCAGCCGACGCCCCCGCGGCCCCCGCAUGGAUCGCGGAAGCCCUGCGCGCCAACGAGGCGUACAGGCCAUCAGAGCGCAAAAUCCACGCGGUCAUAUCGAGCGGCGCCGACGCGGUGGGCCAGCACGCCUGCAACGGUGCGCACGGGCGCCCCGGGGCUGCACCCACAACCCUCCCGUGGGACGCGCCGCGGCGCGCGCGCUUCACAGCCUCCGACCUGGCGCGCGCACGCGUGCUGGGCCAGGUCGACCGCAAGUUCGUGGCGUGCAUCAUCAUGCACUCUGCGCAGGCUGCGGGAGAAGAAGGUGGAGGCGAUGAGUAUCGCGAAGAUGGCCAUGGGGAACGCGCGCUUGUGCUUAUUGACCAGCAUGCCGCGGACGAGCGUGUGCGCGUCGAGCGCUUCCUGCAUGAGCUGUGCGCUCCGUCGUGGCGCGGAGGUCACCCUUCCGAGGUGGGUGCGCGUUGCGGCGGUGGGAGCGGGGGCGGUGGUGGGGGUGGUGUGCGGACGAGGGUGCUCGCUCCGCCGGUGAACGUAUUGUUGACACAGGUGGAGGCGAGAGCGAUCGCGAAGACGUCUGACGUUCGUUCAGCGUUUGGUCGCUGGGGCAUCACCUUUGCUGGUUCCUCCGCUGUCCAGGAAGACAUACCCAGUGCAACCCAGGACGGCGAGACAGCGUAUGUUCAGGUCGCAGUCGCGACCGUGCCGGAGGUUGUCGCGGACAAGCUGCUGGCUGGAGACGAGCUGCGUGACUUGAUCAAGGGGUACUUAGCGAAGCUGGAAUCAGACGGAUUAGAGGGAUAUGUGCACGAGCCCGAUCCCCCUCAAAUGGGUGAUGGUUUGCACGAGUGGCAACGGGCUCUGCGAUAUUGUCCCCGCGAGCUCGUCGAGCUCGUGAACUCAAAAGCCUGUCGAGGCGCCAUUAUGUUUAACGACACCCUCACACUGGAACAAUGCAAGAACCUUCUCGACAAGCUGUCCGGGACAGCAUUGCCAUUCCAGUGCGCACACGGACGGCCUUCCUUGGUGCCCUUGGUGGACGUCGGCGGUUCAGUGUAUAACCCAGCGGGCGCUCCCAUCGAUUGGGGCGAGUUCAUGGGACCACGUAGUCAAUAG